UUCACGCCUCACUCUUCACUUCAUGUCUCACCCUCUCUCUUCCCCUCUGCAACUAUGGCUAGUCUUUCACUCAACUUCUACCUCCUUCUCUCCCUUCCUUGCUUUUUCACCGGCGCCGCUCCUUAUUCCAUCGGCGUCAACUACGGCACCGUUGCCGACAACCUUCCGCCUCCGACUCGCGUCGCUGCCUUCCUCAAGUCCCAAACCAACAUCGACCGCGUGAAAAUCUUCGAUGCCAACCCCGACAUUCUUCGCGCCUUCGCCAACACCAGCAUUGCCGUCACCGUCACCGUCGGAAACGACGAUAUCCCUUCCCUUUCCAAGCUAUCCGCUGCUCAGUCCUGGGUGGCCGACAACAUCCUCCCAUUUCACCCCAAAACCACUAUCAACCGUAUCGCCGUCGGCAACGAGAUCAUCGCCACCUCCGAUAAGUCCUUAAUCGCUCAUCUCUUACCCGCCAUGAAAGCUCUCCAUUUAGCUUUAAUCCUCGCAAACGUGACCAACGUCCAAGUCUCCACGCCUCACUCGUUGGGGAUUCUCUCCUCGUCGGAUCCACCAAGCUUGGGUCGGUUCCGACGCGGUUACGACCGGGCCAUAUUCGCCCCGAUUCUUGAUUUUCAUAGGCAGACCAAAUCUCCGUUCAUGGUUAACCCGUACCCGUUCUUCGGGCUCCAAGACGCCCAACCCGAAGCGCUGAACUACGCUCUGUUUAAACCAAACGGCGGCGUUUUUGAUCAGUUUACGGGGAAUAACUACACCAACAUGUUUGAUGCACAGAUGGACGCAGUUUUUUCGGCGAUGAAGAAAGCGGGAUACGAAGACAUAGAGAUCGUGGUGGCGGAAACGGGUUGGCCGUCGGCGGGUGACCCGAACCAACCGGCGGCGAGUGUGGACAAUGCGAUGUCGUAUAAUGGGAAUCUCAUAAAGCAUGUGAACUCUGGGAAGGGGACGCCGUUGAUGCCAAACAGGACCUUUGAGACUUAUAUCUUCGCUUUGUUCAACGAGGACCUCAAGUUCAGUGUUUCAGAGCGCAACUAUGGGUUGUUCAAUCCCCAUUUUGCCCCCGUCUACGACGUUGGUGUUCUCAAACAUGUACAGGCAUCGCAUCCUACAUCCGGUACACCAUUGAUGGCACCAUUGCCGGAUUCACAGAUGAAGUGGUGUGUGGCAAAAACGAACAUGAGCGAUGAGGCGUUGCAGAGGAACAUAGACUAUGUGUGCGGGAAAGGAAUAGACUGUGGGCCCAUAAAGAAAGGUGGGCCAUGCUUUAAGCCCGAUAUUGUAAGGUCGCACGCACUUUAUGCGAUGAAUGCCUAUUAUCGGGCCUUCGGGCGCCACGACUCCGAUUGUGAUUUCUCCGGGACCGGCGUGCUCACUACCACUGACCCUAGUUACAAGACAUGUUCGUAUUCUGGAGCAACGAGUGGAGAAAAGGUGGGCGAACCUUCACAGGCAGAGACAGGUGGCACUGUGAGGCUGGGAAGCACCACUUGCGUUCUCACCCAUAACAGUGGCUUAGUCUUGGUCUCCAAUGUAGUACUUCUAUUCCUGCUACACUUUUACAUGCUCUCUUAAUCAUUAUCGUUGUUAUCUGAACUUUGAAUGGAAUUGUCAUGUGAUUGUGAUUCGACA